AUGGAGGGAGAAGAAAUGAACGAGGAAGAAAUGGAUGAAGAAUUUUACGAAACCAUCAAGCAUUUACUAAUGGCAAUGGAAUCAGUGGUCCAAGUGCUACAUGAGCUUAUGGUUAUUAUGCAUAGUGAGCAUAUUGGGCGUCCAUUAAUCCGACGACCAAUUACUACAAGUCAAAAUUCUCGAUAUUGUCUUACCCAAAAGACAUUUGAUCGAUCACAUUUUGCUACUAGCAAAAACUUCAACAAAGUCUUGAAGGCAUUGAACACGCUAGCACCAGAAAUGUUGGCUAAACCUCGAUCUGCAGUGCCAGCUAAGAUAAGAGAAAGUACACGAUUUUACCCCUAUUUUAAGGAUUGCAUUGGAGCUAUUGAUGGUAUACAUAUUCCAGCCAUGGUGAAGGGACGUGAUGUAAGCAGCUACCGCAAUCGUCAUGGAAAUAUAUCACAAAAUGUAUUAGCAGCAUGUAACUUUGAUUUGGAGUUCAUAUACGUGCUCAGUGGAUGGGAAGGUUCAGCUCAUGAUUCAAAAGUGUUAAAUGAUGCUUUAUCAAAAAGGAAUGGACUCAAGGUACCACAAGGUAAAUAUUUCUUAGUGGAUUGUGGAUUUCCAAAUCGACGUCAAUUUUUAGCUCCAUUUCGAGGUGUACGAUAUCAUCUCCAAGAUUUUGCUGGUCAAGGUCGUGACCCCGAAAACGCAACUGAGUUGUUCAAUCUUCGCCAUGCUUCCUUGAGGAAUGUAAUUGAGAGGAUAUUUGGGAUAUUUAAAUCAAGAUUCACAAUUUUCAAGUCAGCACCUCCAUUCCCAUAUAGGACUCAAGUAGAGCUUGUGUUAGCUUGUGUAGGACUACAUAAUUUUCUUCGUAGGGAAUGUCGUUAUGAUGAAUUUCCUAUUGAACCAGAGAACGAGUCUUCAUCAUCUUCACCAUUACCAGGGAAUGAAGGAGAUAAUGUGGAACAAGUUUUUGAAACUCAAUGA